AUGGCCACGUUCAACACAAAGGUCUCUUCUUCUACGCCCAAGCGAUAUAAAUGUGCCGUAUGCUACAAAAAGUUCACUCGACCUAGCUCGCUCACGACGCACAUGUAUAGUCAUACUGGCGAGAAACCCUUCAAAUGCCCAGUCGACGGCUGUGGACGCCAUUUCUCGGUAGUCAGCAACCUACGACGGCACGCCAAGAUUCACAGCAACAACAACAACCCUAUCACACCAUCAUCGUCUUCUUCGUCUCCAUCGUCGUCGUCAUGUUCAUCAUGA